CGGAGCCCGGCGGCGGCACUUCCGGUGCCCACGCGCCGCCGCCGCGCAGCUCUGGGGCCGUCACUUUGUGUAGCGCGGGGCGCGCAGGCCCCGGCCCGGCCCCGGUGUCCGGCGGCGGCUCGGCGGCGGGCGCGCGCGGGCGAGCUGAGGCUCCCUUCCAGAGACGAUGGCGGCCCUGCACACGGCUCCGGACUCCCCACCCGCCCAGCUGGAGAGGGUGGAGGACGGAUCGGAAUGUGAUCCUAGUCAGGAGGAAGAAGAGGAGGAAGAAAAGGGGGACAGGGUGGAGGAGCCGGAGGAGGAGGAGGUGAUGGUGGUGGAGGAGGAGGAGGACGAGGCCGUGGCAGAGGAGCUGCAGGCGGACGGAGUGCAGGCAGGGCCGGUGCGGCAGGUGGAGGAGGAGGAGGACGACAACGACGUGCAGGAGGUGGUGGCGGAAGAGCGGAGUCCAGCGUCGGAGACCCCGGAGCACCUUAGCUGUGGUGGGGACGCAGGUCUCCAGGAAAAGACCCUGCAGGCCUCCCGGGCUCCAGCCAUGCCGAGGGGUGAGGAUCUCGAUCAGGAAGAGGACGAGGACGAGGAGGGAGAGGAGGAGGAAGAGGAGGAGGACGAUUCCCUGACAUCUGGGUCUCAGGGGCUGGUGACCUUUGAAGAUGUGGCUGUGUACUUCUCCCUGGAGGAGUGGGAAAGGCUGGAUGUGGGCCAGCAGGGGCUUUACAAGGAGGUCAUGCAGGAGAACUAUGGGAUCCUGGUGUCCUUGGGAUACCCAAUCCCCAAGCCGGAUCUGAUCUUCCGGCUGGAGCAAGGAGAGGAACCUUGGGUCCCGGAUAGCCCCCGUCCCGAGGAGGGAGACAUCGUCACUGGCGUCUACACAGGGGCCUGGUUCUGGACCGAAGACAUAGAGGACCACGAGGAGGAGGACGACGAGGACUUCCUGGCAGAGGUGGCGGAGGAGGAGAACGAGCCCCCCGGGCUGUGGUCGGCGGCCUACGGCGUGGGGGAUGUGCCGGGGACCUGGGGCCCCGACGACUCGGAUUCCGCGCAGACUCCGGAGGGGUGGGGUCUCGACCCCGGUGGCCUCGGAGUCCUGGCCGAGGGGUCUGAGGUGAAGCCCUUUCUGCCGGGCCGGGAGCCGGGCGGGAGCCUACUGGCGCCCUGGGCGUUUCCGGCCGCGGUGGCCGCUCCGGCCGGGCGGCCAGAGACGACGUGCGACGUGUGCGGCAAAGUGUUCCCGCACCGGUCGCGGCUGGCCAAGCACCAGCGCUACCACGCGGCCGUCAAGCCCUUCGGCUGCGACGAGUGCGGCAAGGGCUUCGUGUACCGCUCGCACCUAGCCAUCCACCAGCGCACGCACACCGGCGAGAAGCCGUUCCCGUGCCCGGACUGCGGCAAGCGCUUCGUGUACAAGUCGCACCUGGUCACCCACCGGCGCAUCCACACGGGCGAGCGGCCCUACCGCUGCGCCUUCUGCGGCGCGGGCUUCGGGCGCCGCUCCUACCUGGUCACGCACCAGCGCACGCACACGGGCGAGCGGCCCUACCCCUGCCCGCACUGCGGCCGCAGCUUCAGCCAGAGCUCGGCGCUCGCGCGGCACCAGGCCGUGCACACGGCGGACCGGCCCCACUGCUGCCCCGACUGCGGCCAGGCCUUCCGCCUCCGCGCCGACUUCCAGCGCCAUCGACGGGGCGGCGGCUGCGCGGAGCCUGGCGGCGACGGCGGUCCUCGGCGGGAGCCCUGCGAGACAGCGCCCACGGCGGGGUCCGAGGAGGCCGAGGCCGGGCCUGAGGGGCCUGAGGUCGACGAAGCAGACGGAGAGGCCGAGGCGAGAGAGGCGGCGGUGGAGGCGCCCAACCCCAGGAGCAAAGACGACCCCGAGCCGGACCGGCGGUUUCUGGGGCUAGGCAACGGCCUGGGGGAGGGCGAAGGCCCUUCCUCGCACCCGCUCGGCUUCCACUUCCCCAUGCACCCCAAGUCUUGGCUCCACCCGGAUGGCUUCCCGAUCCUGGGCCUCCCGGACUUCGGGGAGCGGCUGCCGACCGACGGGCGCCCCCUGUCCGGGCCCCUGGGGGGCCGGCUCUCUCUGGUGGAGGGCGCGGGGCUGGCCUGCGACCCUUUCGGCGGCGGUGCCGGGCCUGGGGGCGGCGGCGGCCUGCGUGCGUUCGGGCCUGCAGUCGGAGGGCUGCUGGCGGAGCCCGCGCCCGCCGCGCUGGCCGAGGAGGAGAGCCCGUGGAUCUGCUCGGACUGCGGCAAGACGUUCGGGCGCCGCGCGGCGCUGGCCAAGCACCAGCGCUACCACGCGGGCGAGCGGCCGCACCGCUGCGCAGACUGCGGCAAGAGCUUCGUGUACGGCUCGCACCUGGCGCGCCACCGCCGCACGCACACGGGCGAGCGGCCCUUCCCGUGCCCCGAGUGCGGCGCGCGCUUCGCCCGCGGCUCGCACCUGGCGGCGCACGUGCGCGGCCACACGGGCGAGAAGCCCUUCGUGUGCGGCGUGUGCGGUGCGGGCUUCAGCCGGCGCGCGCACCUGACGGCGCACGGGCGCGCGCACACGGGCGAGCGGCCCUACGCCUGCGGCGAGUGCGGCCGCCGCUUCGGGCAGAGCGCGGCGCUGACGCGGCACCAGUGGGCGCACGCCGAGGAGAAGCCGCACCGCUGCCCCGACUGCGGCAAGGGCUUCGGCCACAGCUCGGACUUCAAGCGGCAUCGGCGCACGCACACGGGCGAGAAGCCCUUCCGCUGCACCGACUGCGGCCGCGGCUUCGCCCAGCGCUCCAACCUGGCCAAGCACCGGCGCGGCCACACGGGCGAGCGGCCCUUCCCGUGCCCGGAGUGCGGCAAGCGCUUCUCGCAGCGCUCGGUGCUCGUGACGCACCAGCGCACGCACACGGGCGAGCGGCCCUACGCCUGCGCCAACUGCGGCCGCCGCUUCUCGCAGAGCUCGCACCUGCUCACCCACAUGAAGACGCACCGCGGCGCGGCGGGCGCGCCCGGCCAGGCGCCGGCGGUCCCCGCACCCAAGGCCGAGGCGCCCGCUAAGGGGCCGCCGGGCGCGGGGACCGGGCCCGCGGAGCGCGGCAGCACUCUGCUGGAGUUCGCUGGCGGAACGAGCUUCGGCUCCGAGCCGACGGCCGCGUUCGCGGGGCCCUCAGGCGCCUACGAGGAGAGCAUCAUGUGAGGGCCCCAGGCCGACGGAGGCGCAGCCCGCUAGGCCACCGGCCCCUCCCCAGGGCGGCUCGGGCGCCGGCCCCUUCCUCCUCUGGCCUCCGGGGGCUGAGGGUCCCAGUUCUGGUGCGGUGCCUUCCCCUCAGCCCCGGUGCACCGCCCCCCGGCCUCGGGCUUCCCUCCUGCCCGGCCCUAGAGAAUCGGCCGCCGAGCUCGGAUGGCCGUGCGGGGGGCGCAGGGGGAGAGGAGAGCUGCACGCGGAGCAGAUGGGGGCAGGGGGCGGCCACCCCGGCAAGAGACUGCGACAUUCCUGGAUCGAUGCGGUGAGGCCAAGCGGUAGGAAUGGCAGGCGAUGUUAUUUAUUUUACUCGGAUUCCGAUUUGGGUGGCCCGGGGGAAAGGUGGCUUGUGAGUUAGAAAUUGGGUAUUACAGCGGGGAAGGGGAAGCCCUUGCAUCAAGGGAGGGUGGGGUGGUCGAGGGCAGAGCAUAUGGCUACUCCAGUGGGUUUGGUUGACCACUGCUUCCCAUUCCUUAGCGGGAGACUUCAGGGACUUUUCGAGUAUGUCCAGAAAGUUUUCAGGACUGUGUACGUGGCGAGGGAAAGCAUCGUGGGUUUUCAAAGGACGAUGUUCCUCCCUAAUUCGGGGCGGGGGGAAGCGGAGAUGCAGCUGGGAAAGCUUUUAUUCUGUGACUGUGGAUAUUUAUUUCUAUCACUUGCGUGGCCCGAAGAAUCUGGAGGGAGGAGAAAAAGCCAGAAACCAAAUUGUGGCCCCAGGCAGAUGGGUUGCAGGUGUUUGCAGGGUCCCCAGGGAGUUUGAAGCCUUAUUCUCCAGAGUGGCUCACUCACCUCACCCGGCUUGAGCUCCCAGAGCAGCCAGGCCAUGUGGGUUUUAGUCUCAGCCUCCUCUCUGAGUCCUUUGGUACUUCCACCUCGGGCUGCUGGAGGCGGCAUACUCAGAGAUUCUUGGGGAGCCCCGCAGCCCAGGGCCCAACCUUGGGCUCCCUGGCUGCCACCUCUCCCUGAGCGGGUGGACACACGGGGCCCUGCUCUUCUGAGCCCGUUGCUCAUCUAGAUUUAAUAGCUGAGUGUAAACUGAUAAGAGGUUGGUAGCAGGAUCAUUUCUGACAUCCCAUGAUUAGGGCCCUAUGACCUCCGCGGGUUCAUUUAACUGCUUCUGUUAUUAUCCUACACUAGAAGUGAGUAGUGUUUCUGGUUAGAUUGCCAUCUCACAGAGUGGGCAGUGGGUGGAGGCACCGCGGGCCGGGCCGUCUGGGUGGUGGUCCACCUCUGGGGGUUCAGACCUCAGCCCGUGGCUCAGUGACUGACCAAGUAUCCAACUAUGCAAAGCACGCAACUGGCCAGCACCCGGCCUUCCAGGCUGGGCUGUUUCAAGCCACCAGGUGACCUGCAAGACACCCCCCUCCCCCUUAAUGCCUUUUGGGCCAGUGUGAAUGGGGCCAGGAAACUGAAAUUUUGAACCCACCACAUUCCCUUUUAGACCUAGUUCUUUCUGUUUUAGUGUAGGCAUGGCCUUGGGGCCUGAGGGCCAGCAGCCAGGCUGCUAGAGGCUGGGCGGGUAGGAGGCACAGGAGUUGGGGUGGAAGGAAGACCUGGAUGGUGGUGGUGAGAAUCAGCCUGGCCAGGUGAGGGUGGGGUGGGCUGGGGUGGUGAGCAGGACGGGCUCCCAAGGAAGUGCCGGUGGUGCUGGGUGGUGCGCUCUGUCGCUGGUUUCUCUCUCCCUGCUGUGGGAAGGAGCCUCAGGAAGAGCCAAGGGCAAGGUGGGCCGGCCCUGCGUGGCCAGGCCCUGGUCCAUGCCCGUCCUGCCUGGCACACAGCCCUUGAGUACAGACCUUCGAUACCCCUCCUGGGCCCCAGCCGCCCCUUGCCGGCCCACAGCUGUCGGCAGGAGGACCUAGCUUUAAUAAAGAGUGGAUGAACGAGCUUUGUGACUGGAUUCCGUGUUGUUGCCGCUCCUUGGAGCCUUCAGGGAGGCCCUGCAAGGCUUCAGGCCCCCCUUGCUUCUGCAAAAGAUCUUUAGCAGUUUCUCUUCUCAGAAACUAGAAUUGGCCUGUGAGGAGUCAGCCCAAGAGAGCUUUGGCCCCUGGCAGCCGUGUCCACUAAGUCUUUCUGGGAGUCCCCAGUGGGCCCCCAUGCUGCCACCUACUUUGUAACAUGCACACCUGUCUCAGGACACCAUUGUGUGUAGGAUUGUCUUGGCCAGGUCCCCUUUCCUGGUGGUCCAACACCGUGUGGGUUUAUCCAGGCUUAACUGGUCUGUGCCAGGGCAGAGCACACCCUCCCCCUGCCGGGGGCCCAGACACCUUCCUUUUUUUGAUUUAUUGGCUUCUCACCACAUGGUGUCCCCACGACCAGAUCUGACCCUCCUGUCCUUUCCCCAUGAAUUUGAAAAAUAUGAACUAUGAAGUAAAUUCUCUUUUCAAGUGUGAUUUGGAGGCAUCGGAACAGAACCUAGUAUUUCAGUGGCAGGUGGACAUUUAGACCUAGUUUAAUAUGAGUGACCUUGAGGAUCUUAAGGUCUAUUCAGAAAAGUUAUGUUAUUCACUGACAUAGCUUACGGUUGUCCAGCCAGAUACUUUAUUUUAGGGGGGAAAUAAGGCAAUUCUGAUGGGCAUAGAAAAAAAAGGAGACACCCUGGUUUUGAGAGGAUUUCCAAAUUCCUGGAGUCCUCAUUCAUUCAGCAAAUGUCAAUCCAGCAUCUCCCAUCAUUUCCAAGGAGGAAUGAAAACCCUCAGUGCCCUGUGAGAUGUGACCCAUGAAAGGUGGUGCUUGGAGGAGAGUCUCAAGGCCCUGAGCACCCUCUGGUCUCCACUUAACUUUUAUUGCUUGAAUUUCCCCAUCCUCCUCCCUCUCACCUGACCCUUUCACGUAAUCUCUUCAAACAUUUCCUUCUAACUUUUUUUCUUUCCCUCAUUGGCUACAUAUGGAAUAAAGUAUUUUGGAAUUUUUGGUUAUAUUUAUUAAA